AUGGCAAUGGGAGCAAAAGAAAGGCGGCAAAAGCAACAGAUUUGGAAGCAAAGGGACCACCCACAUUCCUCCAUUCCAAAAUCUGACAAAAACCACAGAAUUCUAAAGUUUCAUCGCACCCAUCAACGAAAGCGAGGCCUCACAUUGCACUCUGUGCCAAAAAUCAUCGACCCACCUCCAGUUCUAAUACCAUUCCGAUCCUAUUUCUUCUGAAUUUAAUAUCUCUCCAAGUUCGAUUAUGUCGCAUACAGGGAAUAAAGACGACGUACUCUUUCUUUUUCUCUGCAGGAAUCUUUCGCCUCCUUUUGCUUUUUCAUCCCAGUCAGAGCUCGCCUUUUGUCUUUCCGACUAUCUCAUGGAUGAUUAUCAUAAGGUUCAUUCGUUAUCAUCUUGAUUAACCGGAAAUUUGAAGUGGGGUAGUUGUAAGCAACGUCGCGGUGUCGAUACGGUACAAGCUGCUCGAAUUUACUGGCUUCUGAGAUCUAGUUCACUGUCAUUCAUCACCUGGUUCUGUUCAUAGGAACAAUGGCUCAAGUAGUUCAUAAUUCUGUGCUUCUAGUUAUCGUCGUUCUUUUAGUUAGGAUCGGUCUUUCACAGCAAUCGUCGCAGACUCGGACGCUUCUAAGAAUACAGCAACUCCUGAACUUCCCAGCUGUGUUAAGUACCUGGAAUAACAACACAGAUUUUUGCAACUUGGAACCAGAUUCUUCUGUGACUGUUGUAUGCUAUGAAGGAAACAUGACCCAGUUGCAUAUAAUUGGCAAGAAAGGAGCUGUUCUAUUACCUCGUAACUUUUCGAUGAACACGUUCGUUAAUACCCUUGUUAAGCUUCCAGAUUUGAAAGUCCUUACAUUAGUUUCUCUUGGUUUAUGGGGUUCAAUUCCUGGUAGGAUAGCUCAUUUAUCAUCUCUGGAAAUACUAAACAUGAGCUCAAACUUCCUAUAUGGUGGCAUCCCUCAAGAGAUAUCGUUGCUAUCAGGCCUUCGGACGCUUAUACUCGAUGGUAACAUGCUUGCAGGCCAGCUUCCUGAAUGGUUCCGUGCGCUUCCGCUACUUACUGUUUUGAGCUUGAAACACAAUGUACUAAAUGGAUCUUUGCCCAAUUCACUGAGUGAGCUGGAAAAUCUUAGAGUUCUUUCACUUUCACAUAACCAUUUUUAUGGGGAGUUGCCUGAUCUUAGCACUUUGACGAACCUUCAAGUGCUCGAAUUGGAAGACAAUGGCUUUGGACCUCAAUUCCCUCAGCUUGGAAAUAAGCUGGUUACCCUUAAACUGAGUAGAAACAAGUUCAGAUCGAGUAUCCCUGCUGAAGUUAACUCGUUUUACCAGCUUCAAUAUCUCGACGUCUCUUUGAAUUCGUUGGUUGGGCCGUUGCCACCGGUAUUGUUUUCGCUACAGUCUCUUUCGUAUCUCAAUAUAUCAAGGAACAAGCUCACAGGAAUGGUUUUUGAUAAUAUUUCUUGCAAUGAUGAACUUAAAUUUGUGGAUUUAUCCUCAAAUCUUUUGACUGGAAGCUUGCCAAAGUGUCUGCUAUCAGAUGAUAAGAACAGGGUUGUCUUGUAUGCUAGGAAUUGUCUUGUCACUGAAGAACAACAGCAGCAUCCUGUUUCGUUUUGUCUAAACGAAGCGUUAGCUGUGGGCAUUGUAGCUGAGGGAAAGAAGAAAGACCGAUCUCGUAAGGCUGUUCUUGCCCUGAGUAUCGUUGGCGGUGUCGUUGGAGUGAUUGUGUUACUUGGCAUUGGUUUCUUUGUAGUAAGAAGGAAAAAUGAGAAGAAUACGACGAAAAAACCUCGAACGACUUUAAUAAUAGAGAAUCCUUCUGCUGAAUACACAUCAAAGCUGUUCUCUGAUGCAAGGUAUAUAUCUCAGGCAAUGAAGUUUGCUCCACUUGGCCUUUCAACUUAUAGAGUGCUCUCUUAUGAAGAGAUUGAGGAAGCUACUAAUAACUUUGACUCUUCUGCUUUCAUGGGUGAAGGUUCUCAAGGACAGAUAUACCGAGGUCAGCUGAAGGAUGGUUCUUUUGUUGCCAUUAGAUGCCUUAAAAUGAAAAGAAGAUAUAGCACCCAAAACUUCACGCAUCAUAUCGACCUUAUCUCGAAACUCAGACACCGUCAUUUGGUUAGCGCUCUCGGACACUGCUUUGAGUUAUAUUUGGACGAUUCAAGUGUCAGCAGAAUAUUUCUCGUCUUCGAAUACGUGCCUAAUGGCACUCUUAAAAGCUGGAUAUCUGAAAGGAAUUUGCGACGAUCGCUUACUUGGACACAACGUAUAGCAGCAGCGGUCGGAAUAGCGAAAGGCCUCCAGUUUUUGCAUACAGUUGCUGGUGUAUAUUCAAAUAAAAUUAAAAUAACUGAUGUAUUACUGGAUCAAAACCUUGUUGCAAAAGUUAGCAGCUACAACCUUCCUCUAAUGGCUGAGAGCAUGGCCGAGGUUGGUCGGGGAAAAUCUUCCGGUGGAUCGAAAGAGCACAGUGACAAUGAAAGGAUGAAUCAAGAAGCUCAAGCUGACAUCUAUGACUUUGGAGUAAUAUUAUUAGAAAUCAUCCGUGGACGAGCCUUCAAAUCGAAAGGCGAAAUUAAUGUGUUAAGAGAGAAGAUACAAGAAGCCAUUUCAUCAGACAGUGUCGCUCGAAAGAGCAUAGUCGAUCCCGGCGUUCAAAAUGAAUGCAUAGACCAAUCGUUGAAGACAAUCAUGGAAGUUUGUGUCAGGUGUCUGCUCAAGGAUCCAAUCACAAGACCUUCCAUUGAAGAUGUUCUCUGGAAUUUGCAGUUUGCAGCUCAGGUUCAGGACGCUUGGUGCGGUGAAUACCGAAGCAGCGAGGGGUCUCCCGUCUCACCGAAACUCUCCAUCUGUUAACGAUCACGAAGAGGUUCUUUUACUUUAUCAUCUCAAUUCUUAGAUCUUAACAGUUUGGUUGAUAGUCUUGCCAUUGUUGUUUAUUCUUCAAA